AUUAAUCUCUACUCUUCUCUCUCUAUACAAUUACUCUUUGAGAGCAUAUUUCUCUAGAACAUCGAAUAUUGCUGACUUGAGCGUCGGGGUGUUUUCCCCGAAGAAACAUCCUCGGGGCUAUAAAUACCCCCCAACUUCCUCCGAUGAAGAUAAUUAAUCUCCACUCUUCUCUCUCUAUGCAAUUACUCUUUGAGAGCAUAUCUCUCUAGAACAUCGAGUAUUGCUGACUUGAGCGUCGGAGUGUUUUCCCCGAAGAAACAUCCUCGGGAAUUUCAAGUGUGGAAGCAGCUGAAGACCUCAACAGCAUUGGAUCGUGAAGCUGCCCAAACAUUUGGCGCCGUCUGUGGGAACUGAACAAGAAGUUGUGUAGCUUAACCUGCUGAAAGACAAAAUGGUUCGUACUUUUACUGGAAGUCGCCCCCCGAGAAAUGAAAUGGACGAACAGGAGGACACUCAACUAUCUGACCUUGGCUUGAAUGAUUUUAGACCAAUGCCGAGAAACCUUUUCGUUGGGGGAGCAAAACAUGAUCAAUUAAGUGGAACAGAUGAUGAUGAAAGAACAUCAACUGGGUCAACAGAGCUUGCUCGGACAACUGAGCUCGAAGAGAGAACCAGAGUUCUUGAAAUGGAAAUGGGUAAAAUCCUUGCUCGCCUAAUCCCUGAUGACCCCCUGAUUCCUUUGCUGAACAUGGAUGCACAACCAGCUGUAGUGGUUGCAACCCGUAACUCCCCGGCCCUGAGUAAUGUGGUGGUCCCAACCAAACCAAGGGGAAGUGGGAGGUUAAACCCAGAACCCAACUCAUCCAAGCAUAAUGAAGAACUGAUAAAGAAAAACGCUGACCUCAAAAGACAACUCAAAGAUGUACAGAAAUCCAUUGACGAGCUGAAAAGCCCCAGGUCGCACCAACAAACCCUUGACUUGGAUAAUGCCCCACUAAACCUAUCCAUCACAGUAGAACUGUAUCAAGAGGGAUUCAAAAUCCCCCACCUAGAGACAUAUGAUAGCUCAAGUGACCCAGAUGAGCACCUGCAUACCUAUCAAGGCAUCAUGAGAAUCCAAAAUACCAAUGACGCCAUGAUGUGCAAAGUGUUUCCAACGACACUGAAGUCAACGGUUAGAAGAUGGUAUCAUAAACUCCCCAGACACUCUAUAGACUCAUACUCCCAACUCGCCAAGCUAUUCUCCAAUAAAUUUGCGAGCCAAAGGAAGAUUAAACAAACAGCAACAGAAUUGCAGGUUCAUCAGAAGGAAGGGGAAUCCCUGAGGGAUUACAUGCAACGGUUCAACAAGGCCACCUUAGAUAUUGAUAACGUCCUCGAUACCAUCUGCUUAUCUACCUUGCUACAUGGUUUGAAGUAUGGUCAGUUCCUAGACGACUUGCUAGAGAACCCACUAAAGACGUGGAAUGAAGGGCAGAGGUACCAGCUCGACAACACACAGGACGUAUACCAGGAUAACCAAUAUCCUUUUGAGCAGGGCAGAGCGCACAGGGGUCAUCAAUUCAAUAGGUGGGGCCAAGGACAAAGAACCGCCACCCAAAACCAAAAAGAUAGGAAAAGGGUAGGCUAUGCUGGGAUACCCCUGCCCUCGAGCACAAUAAACAUGAUCUCGGGUGAUAUACACUCCGGAGGCCAAAGCGCUCGAGGCCGUAAGGUAUAUGCCCGGCAGGUGACGACCGUUAACAAGAACAGACCCUUGAAGCGGCCGUUUGAGGAGGCAGAGUGGAAGAAUGCGCCCAUUACGUUCAGCCCGAUAGAUUAUAAGCGAGCAGAGGGAGAGCCCGACGUUAUGAUGCCUCAUGCAGAUCCUUUUGUGGCAACGGUUCAUAUAGGCAAUCAUAACAUCAACAAGAAAUACGAAGGGCCCAUAUAUGGGUUUGAUAACCAACCCGUCCCGGUUGAGGAAGUUAUUACUUUUCCCAUAUAUGUGGGCUCAGAACCACGCUUCAGGAUGGCUUCUGUUAGCUUUCUGGUCGUUAAGAUGGAAUUAGCUUUCAAUGCUAUAUUAAGAAGAGCCACCCUGUGCGAGCUGAAGGCUGUUAUUUCACAACCCCAUCUCUAUAUGAAAUUCCCAACUCCUCAAGGGGUAGGAGUGCUUAAGGGGAACCAGAAGAUGGUCAAGGCCUGCUACCAAGAUACUUUUAAGAAGGUCGAGCUCGCUAUAGCUCCGAGAGGCUCUUCUGAAAUCCACAGACCUAGCCAGCCCGGUCAACAGACAAUGAGCAUAUCAGAUAUUGAGCACCGACCUAAAGGUGUCGAGCUGAAGGCUGAGCCGGUAGAACCAAUGGACACAAUCCCCUUAGACCCUGAUGUGCAGGAAAGAACAGUUAAGAUCGGCACCAAGCUCACAGAAGAAGAGCGAGCAAAGCUUCUGGAGUUUUUAAGGGUUAAUCAAGACGUGUUUGCGUGGACAACGGAUGAAAUGCCUGGCAUUCUAGCGGAGUUGAUAGUCCACAAGUUCAGCACAGACCCUACCAAAAGGCCAGUGCGGAUGAGCUUCCUUGAUGCCAGCUUGGGUUAUCACCAAGUUCAACUACUGUUGGACAACCAAGAGAAAACAGCUUUUUAUGUUGGUGUCGCAAUCUAUUGCUAUGUCAUGAUGCCAUUUGGCAUGAAAAAUGUGGGCGUGACAUAUCAUAAGCUGGUGCAAGUCGUCUUUAAGCUCCAGAUCGGCAGGAAUAUUGAAGUAUACGUGGACGAUGUGAUAGUCACUAGCAAGCGAGCCGAGGAUCACAUAGACGACCUGAAUGAAACAUUUCGAAACUUGCGCAAAGCACAAAUGAAGUUGAAUCCCCUGAAAGGCACAUUUGCUAUGGAAUCAGGAAAGUUCCUAGGGUACGUGGUAUCUAAGAAAGGAAUUGAGGUAAAUCCAAAGAAGGUUCAGGCACGUUCAGCAGAUGGAGCCUACCAAGAUCGUGAAAAAUGUGCAGCGUUUGACAGGUUGUGUGGCCACAUUACACAGAUUCAUAGCCAAAUCGGCAAAAAGGUGUCUCCCGUUCUUCAAAGCCCUGCGAGAGCCCAAGAACUUUCGGUGGACCGAUGAGUGUCAACAAGCGUUUGACGAGCUCAAACAAUAUCUGGCAUCAGCAUCCCUGCUGUCCAAGCUUGUGGAGGGGGAGAGUUUAUAUUUGUAUCUGGGGGUUACAGAGCGGUGAGCUCGGUUUUGCUAAGAGAAGAGAAUAAACAUCAGAAGCCUAU